GAGAAAGAGAAAAGGCCUCUCGAUUGACUCACCGAGGCCUCAAUAAUCACGUCAGCCUUUGGAAUUCUCCCUUCAGUGUGCUUGAGACCGGUUGGAAUCAUCUCCUAUUCUUUUUGACGACACACUUCAACUUGGGAGCCAACUUUUCUUUUUUCCCCCUUCAUCAUCUCCGGCGCAUUUUCUUCCGCCUCCCGAUUUGCCCCCCCCCCCCCGCGCAGGCCACCGCCGGGCGAGUUUUCUCUUCUUGACCCCCCCUCUUCUCUCCAUUCUCCCCACUUCCCCAAGGAAGAUCCGCCCUCAAACGCCCUCACGCCCCCCAUCUCCUCUAAACAACCCCCCUCGCUUCCCCCGACCGUUGAACCUACAUCGCCCGUUUAAUUGUACCCCGCCAAACGGCAUCACCCUUCUCUCCUUCCAAACCCACUGCCCUUCGACGAUGACCAUGACGACGGAAAUGGUCGGCGGGCAGAGUGACGAUGUGCACCAACAGCCUGCGCACAUCCCUCCAGCGCCGAUGGGCGACUACGUUUUGCCGGACCUUCGUCUCAAGAGCAAGAUGAAUGACCCGGAGAAGACUCCGCUGCUGCUGGUGGCGUGUGGCUCUUUCUCGCCCAUCACAUAUCUGCAUCUGCGCAUGUUUGAGAUGGCUGCCGAUUACGUCAAGUUCAGCACGGACUUUGAACUCAUCGGUGGUUAUUUGUCGCCCGUGUCGGAUGCCUAUCGCAAGGCUGGACUGGCCAGUGCGGAGCAUCGGGUUGCGAUGUGCCAAUUGGCAGUCGAUCAAACCUCGGACUGGUUGAUGGUGGAUACCUGGGAGCCGAAUCAGAAGCAAUACCAGCCGACAGCCGUCGUGCUAGACCACUUUGAUCACGAGAUCAAUAUUGUUCGUGGGGGUGUCGAGGCUGGAGAUGGCACCCGCAAGCCUGUGCGGAUUGCCCUUCUUGCCGGUGCAGAUCUGAUUCAUACCAUGUCCACCCCCGGUGUUUGGAGUCAAAAGGAUUUGGAUCACAUUCUGGGCAAAUAUGGCUCCUUUAUUGUGGAGCGAAGUGGAACGGAUAUCGACGAGGCUCUAGCGAGUCUACAGCCAUGGAAGGAGAAUAUCCACGUUAUCCAGCAGCUCAUCCAGAAUGACGUGAGCAGCACCAAGAUCCGACUCUUCCUCCGGCGUGAGAUGAGCGUUCGCUAUCUUAUCCCCGUCCCCGUCAUCCAUUACAUUGAGCAGCACCAUUUAUAUGAGGAUGACGGCACUUCGAAUGAGAAGGGUAAGGAUAGGCAAGAGACUGGCAAGUCAGGGUGAUCCAGCGUCGGGUUCAUCCCUACAAUCUAGCUGUACGGCCACGAACGAAAACCCUCCGCCUUGAGCGAACCAUGACCCCGAUACGAUACCCCAUCUUGUCUGCAUCUCUUGCCUGCGCUUGCGACGUUUCCUACUCGUCAGGUGCUCGCCCCGUGCUCAGACCAUACCUUUUCGGUGACCGCUCGUCAAUGAGCGGGCCAGACUCCUGGGUGGAAUCGCAUCCGCUUGACGAGUACUGAGAGCACGAUGUGCGGAAGAGUUGAGACGAUUAAUGAUUUUCUAUGGAUUUUCCGGCGUUGAUUUCAUACUGGGCUGGUAUUUUGCGUCUUUUAACAUGCUCGGGCUCUUUGCGACCUGGCUGGCACCCGACGUGCGGUCCUUACCGUGUUUGCAGUUCUAUAGCUGUCGACUUUUGGGCUAGGCCUGCGAGAGCGUUAACUGGGAAAAUGUACAUAGCGGCUGGUUGGUCCCAUUCUGCGAUAUACUAUUGUAAAUAUGCGUCAUAGAUCGCCGGAACCAGGGACGAGAAAUAAACGAGAUAGAAAGACUUUCUACGUCGAGUGGGUUCAGGUUAGGCUUCAAGAUCUAGGCCAUUGGAGAAGACCUGGUAUAUCCGUCAAGGUAAAUCAAUUACAGUACCAUAGCUA